UGAGACGUCUGCAGGGGACAUGAGCAAGGUUGUUCAGGUAUGGUUUGGUAAGGAUGAUGCCUAUAUCAUCUCUAUGGGUAACGGCCGGUACAUUUGGGAUCUGCGAGGACACUACUCGAAGCUGCAUGAUAAGCUCAAGAGCACUAAGGGGCUUGAUAUCCGGGUAGGAUCAUUGGGAGCGUUCUAUGCUUGGUUAGAUAAGAUGCUAACAAUUAAUUGCAGGCUGCAGCUCUGAACUUAGAAGUCCCAGAAUCCUGGGCGCUCGUUUUGCG